CCCCAAAUCCUCCCUUCAGACCCCAAAUCCCCUUCACCCAUCGCCGCCCCAUAUCCCCCCUCACCCCCGCAGUUCCCACUCCCCCUUCAGACCCCAAAUCCCGCUUCUCCACAGCCAAGGUCCCCCCUCCGCAUCCCGCCCCGAUCCCCCCGGCCCCUCCCCUCCCUGAGGGCGGGCCGUUCCCGUUCCCAUUCCCAUUCCCGCCGGCUCUCCCCGAGGGAGCGGCGCCGGGCGCUGCCGGCCGGGCCAUGUACGCGGGGCGCAGGCGGAGGAAGCCGCUGCCGCGGCCGACGCGGCCGGGCGCGGCCGAAGGCGGCAGCUCCAACCCGUCCAAGCGGCACCGGGAGCGGCUGAACCGGGAGCUGGAGCGGCUGGCGGGGCUCCUGCCCUUCCCGCCCGACGUGGUGGCCGGGCUGGACAAGCUCUCGGUGCUUCGCCUCAGCGCCGGCUUCCUGCGCGCCAGGAGCUUCUUCGGCGUGGCUCUGAAGAAUGGUGGUGCCAAAGAGGCGGAGAGGGAUGGAGACUGCGGCAACGGACCCGCUCCAGCCUCGGCAGCCGUGCCGGAGGGAGAGCUGCUCCUACAGGCACUGAAUGGCUUCGUGCUGGUGGUGACAUCAGAAGGGCUGAUAUUUUACUCCUCGCAUACGAUUCAGGACUAUCUGGGAUUUCAUCAGACAGAUGUCAUGCACCAGAGUGUCUUCGAGCUCAUCCACACCGAGGACCAGCCGGAAUUCAGGCGCAACCUCCACUGGGCCCUCAACCCACCACACGCUCCCGAGGGUGAGCCUUCCCCAGGAGGUAAAUGGGGGAAAAGCCUUGGCUCUUCUGCUGUGAUCUACAAGCCGGAUCAGCUGCCCCCAGAAAACUCCUCCUUCCUGGAAAGGAGCUUUGUGUGCCGUUUUCGCUGCCUCCUGGACAAUUCCUCUGGCUUCCUGGCUUUAAACCUGCAAGGCAGGCUGAAAUUCCUUCAUGGGCAGAACAAAAGGUCCGAAGACGGGUCUGCACUGCCCCCCCAGCUCGCUCUCUUCGCCAUCUCCACCCCGCUGCAGCCCCCGUCCAUCCUGCAGAUCCGCACCAAGAACAUGAUCUUCAGGACCAAGCACAAGCUGGACUUCACCCCCUUGGCGUGUGAUGCCAAGGGGAAGAUCGUCCUGGGCUACACGGAGGCGGAGCUGCGGAUGUGCGGCACCGGCUACCAGUUCGUGCACGCCGCCGACACGCUGUACUGCGCCGAGAACCACGUCAGGAUGAUGAAGACGGGGGAGAGCGGGCUGACGGUGUUCCGGCUGCUGACGAAGGAGAACCGCUGGAAGUGGGUGCAGGCCAAUGCUCGGCUCGUCUACAAGAACGGCAAACCCGAGUACAUCGUGGUCACCCAGAGACCCCUCGUAGAUGAAGAAGGAGGAGAGCACCUUCAGAAACGGUCCAUGCAUCUUCCAUUCACCUUUGCCACAGGAGAGGCACUCCUAUACCAAAGUGCAUACCCUCUCCUGGGCUUCCCUGAUCCUUUCCAGAGCAAAGGGAAAACCAGCAAGUCCAAGAAGACCUCCUGCAGCCCUGGAGGGCGCUCCCAGAAGAAUGGUGUUGACCCCAGUUCUCUGCUGGGCGCUGUGAUGCGACAGGACAAGGUGGUGUACGCCUCCCACCCAGCUCCCACUCCUAACCCCUCCUGCAGCAGCAGUUUCCACCUCGAGGAUGUGUCCGUGCCAGAUGCAGGAAGGGAUACCUGGAGUAUGAGUGCUGCUCCAGUUUCUUCAAGGGGGAACAGCCUCAAAGAGGAGCUGCUGGAUUCGCAACAGGACCCUCUCUUGGCCACCCUGGACUCACUGUCAAUUAAGAGCGACGAGAGCUGUUCCAACAACGAGCUCUUCAGUGCACUGGAGGGGCUGGGGUUGAACGCAGAGGACCUGGAGCUCCUGCUGCUGGAUGAGAAGAUGGUGAUGGUCAAUGUGGACCCAGAGCACUCCCCAUCCCUGAAAGACAGCCUGACCAGCAACCAGAUUCUCUCCUACAUCCACAGCCCUCCAGUGGACAAGCACGAGGGAGGGCAACAGGCAUGUCCCCUGCCAGGCCUGUCCCCAAGCCCACGGGGAGCCCCUGCUCCGUCCCACACUCUGUCUCACGCAGAGAGUGAGGACCUGCCACAGGGCGUGGUGCAGCCCAGCCCUGCCCUGGGCCAGCUCCCUGUCCAGCUGUGGGAACAGCCCCUCCACGCUGUGCCAGGGCUGCUGCCAGAGGGGGAAGGGCCGUCGGAUGGCUCUGGCUCACAGUGGAGACCAGCUGGGGAGGAGGCUCUGCUCCGCUUCCUCCAGCCAGCGCAGGGCAUCCCAUGGGACAAGGCCCCCAGCUCACCCCCAGGAGCCCCCUGCAGGCAGGAGCCACCCAGGGCUCGGUGGCUUGAGGGUGACUAUCCAGCCGUGCAGCCCAUCCAGGAGGAUGCUCACGGGUCCUUCUCCCUGCCCAGCCAGUGCCAGGACCGUGUGGGACGCCCCGGCUGGCCGAAACACCGUCACUCACUGCUGAACGGGCUGUGUGGCCACAGCCCCGACUCCCCUCCACACCUCCUUCCCAGCAGCAGCAGCAGCCCCAGCCCGUGGCAGGACUAUGUUUCCCCACUCCUGGGGUCUCCAGCUCAGCCUGGUUUUUAUGGCAUCACCCAAGACUUCACCUCCCAGCACCAGGGCUGCUUGGGUCCAGGGCCCGGCCUGCUGCCACAGCACUUCAACCUGAACGGAUCAUGCAGCGUGGAAACCACAGGCAGCGGGGACUCCCGGGAGGAGAUGGCUCUGUACCCCAGUUUUUUUCCCCCUUCCUACCAGCUUAUUCCCGAAAAGCAGCUGAGCCCUGUUCCCUCCAUGCCGCAGCACCCUUUCCCGAGCUCAGCUGCAGGGCACUUCAGGAACAUCGGCAGCCAUCUGGAGACCCUGAAUUCCUGCGGGCCGUACACCUCUGCUCUGAGCCAGGAGGGCAGGCACAGGACCCACAGCAGCCAUGGUUUGCCCAGCUCUCCCAUGGGACUCCCUGAAGAACACCCGGUGCUGGGAGGAAGCCUGGCACCCCCCUGCCAGCCUCAGCCCCAGGCAGAAGUGCUGCCAGAUCACCCUCAUGCCUCCAGUGGGGACUUCUGUCUCUAGGAGAGACUGGAAUGGACAAAGCAGGACUAUUCCCUGGGGAAGGAGCUGCCUUCAAGUUGCCCACACCAAACCUCCCCAGCUGCCGGUGCUCUUGAUGUUGGUUGCUUU